AAGGUAUCUGUCUAAACUCAAGUGAGACACGACUUGUGUAUUUUUUGUUUUUUUGGUUUUACUUACAGACGAUGUUCAUAUUUGUAUCGUGUUGAUCAAAAGGUAGUCACGCAUUUGCUCCUAUUCCCCGUCCGAAGGAAUGUGUGGAAAUGUGCUCAGUGCUUUCCCAGUGAACCCACUGUGGCUCCGCCACAGCCUAUACCGAGGCUUUUUGUCCCUUUCGGAGACCCGUACUCGCUGGGUAUUGCAUCGAGUCCCGCAGUGAGGCAGAAGAUGGCGGAAGCUCCCCUACGGACCUGCCGGUUUUUCUGUCACCGAUGCUCGGAAGAGAUUAGCCCCCGUCUCCCGGACUAUACCUGUCCGUGCUGUGAGUCUGGCUUCAUCGAGGAGUUACCAGAGGAGAGCAGCGUAGAGAAUGGCUCCACGUCCAGCGCCUCCAGCAGUGAUCAGAGCCGCACGCCGUUCGAGGGUGCCGACCGGACGCUCUUCACGUUCCCGCACGGCUAUGGCCAGUUUGCCCUGGGCAUCUUCGGCGAAGGCUUCGACCUACGGGCCGGCCUGCCCGCCGAGGACAACCGCGACGUCGAGGGUCGACGGGAGCGGGAGAUGGCGUCGCGCCAGCGCUACGGCGCAAGGCAACCUCGGGGACGCCACGUUCCCCGGAGACAAGGGACGCGGCACGAAGGCGUGCCGACUUUAGAGGGAAUAAUACAGCAGUUAGUAAAUGGAAUUAUCGCUCCAACAGCAAUGCCAAACACGGGAAUGGGUCCAUGGGGAAUGCUACAUUCAAAUCCGAUGGACUAUGCAUGGGGAGUGAAUGGGUUAGAUGCCAUCAUAACACAGUUAUUAAAUCAGUUUGAGAACACGGGUCCGCCGCCUGCCGACAGGGAGAAAAUCAAAAGCCUGCCAACAGUCCAGAUCACAGAGGAACACGUGGGCGCGGGCUUGGAGUGUCCUGUGUGUAAAGAGGACUACAGCGAGGGCGAGAGUGUCCGGCAGCUUCCGUGCAACCAUCUCUUCCAUCACGACUGCAUCGUGCCCUGGCUGGAGCAGCAUGACACAUGUCCAGUGUGCAGGAAGAGCUUGAGUGGCCAGAAUACCGCCACAGAUCCUCCUGGACUAUCAGGAAUGAACUUCUCUCCUUCGUCAUCGUCCUCUUCCUCAUCCAGUUCCCCAAGCAAUGAGAAUGCUGCCAACAACUCUUAAGAAACAACCCUCAAGUCCUCCCACACACACACACACACACACACACACACACACACACACACACACAAUGAUAAAACACAUUAUCAUCUCAGUGAAAGUGCUAGCGUGGCCAACAGUGUAAUUCAGAACCUCUUUAAGCUUGAAUCUCCUCUCUGACAUCUUAGCGAAGCAAAGACUGCGCCAGAGAGCUGGGGUUGUUCUAGGAUCUUCUUGAACUCCAUUCAGACUCAGAUCGGUCAUUACUGGAUUGGGAGCUGCCAAGCUGAAACCUGACUAGGACUGUCUAGAGAGCACCCUUUACGGCCAGCACCACACCAGCGCCCUCUGGUGGCAAGCCAGAGAUGUAUCCUCAUCAUCGACUGACUCACUGGGACGAGCGCCAAAGGAUACCUUGACAACCAACCAGGGGAGGAAAAAAAUAAUAAACACAUACACACCACUUUUACUUGUAUUUCUUCACCGAUACAUUUUUCUUUCUUCAGCACUGACCUGGAGAGCGAUCAUUCCUUGUUAUUUUUUUUAAAUUGGUUUUGUUUUCUUUUAAAGGUAGUGCAGGGCAGCAUGCCCCAAAUGCAGACGUUUUAACGGAUAAAGGGAGGCUAGAGUUUGGCAGAGGAGCAAAGGGAGCUCGGAGAAGGAGACUGGCAAGGUUAGAACAUAGAGGUGCAGUGCAGAACUUCCAGAGCGCAAGUCUCUCUCACACACACACACACACAUACUCACUCACUCACUCACUCACUGAGCAAGCCAAUAGCCAGCUGGACUUCAGUGGCUUUUUAAUGGAGACGUUGUUACAUCUUCUGAAAGGGCACAGGAAUUCAACUAAAGCCUCUGCUUUUUUCUUUUUUUUUAUUAUGCAAUUUUGAUUUCUUUUUUAUUCAUACAUCAGUGACUAAGGUGUAUGUGAAUAUGAAAAUAAGAAACGGAUCAUAACAAAACCGCCAGAACAUCUCACAAAGGACAAGCAAAAGCUGAGUGUUGCUUUCAUCUCUGUAUAAAUUAUUUAUUUGCACAAUAUUUUACUUUGCCCACAAUUAGGAUAAUGAACAAAGUACAUGUGAAUGCCUUUGGUAAAAUAUGGCCUCUUGAACAGUUUUAAGACAUUUUGGAAAUAUAUAUUUUUAGUGUUUUUCUUUUGUUUUUAUUCAGAUGUACAUGGCCUGAGAAAUUCAUGGAUGUGGUAUUUUGCCCCUUAACCAGACUUUCUCACUCAUUAUUUUUUAUUUUAACUUCACUUUCCCGUUCGCAUAUGCAGUGAAUCUUGGUUCAAUGCGACAUUUCUUUUUAACUUAUUCUAAGUUAAAUGAUUUGUUUUUGUAGGGUUUUUUUUUUGUGAAUCAUAAUAAAGUGAGAAA